AUGAAAAGGGACAUUUCCCAGUUAUUAUCACUGAAUGGUCAACAAGUACUGUCAAUAGGGAAACAUGGUGUAAGAAAAGAGAGGAAAGUUCAAGCUUUAUUGAAGUUUCCUUCAACAUCCUUGAUAACGACUGCAACAACAUGCAAAACAUGUGGAAUGACUUAUGUCCAUAGUAUUCACAAGGAGAAACAACUUCAUGAAAAGUACCAUGUUAACUUCAUGAACGGUGUACCAUGGACCACCUUAGAGACCGAAAAAGUAAUUCAAAUCGUUACAAUUAUGAAGGAAACGGUAAAACAUACACACGUCUUUGACAAAGAUACGGUUGGAGUAACCACAAUGCAAGCGAAGAUAUUAAUAAUCGAUAAGAAAAACAAAAAGCAGGUGAAAAAGACCGAAGAGCUAAUUGACAUGGUAAAUCGAGAAUUGAAUGCCUCAGAUGACUCUAAAGCGUGGAGAAAAGAGAAUCUUGAGCUUGGUAAAGCAUUUGUUAUAAUAAUUGACGAAAGAGCUAUUGGUAUAUGUACUACAGAUCCCAUUAAGGAUGUCGAAAGACAGAGCAGGUGGUUGGUUCAUAGAACACAAACCAUUGUUCCAAAUCAGAUAAAUAAGCUGAUUCAAGUAGGUGUUUCAAGGAUCUGGAUAGCUCCACGAUGGCGAAGAUGUGGACUUGCAAUUAAACUACUUGAUGUGGUGCUAAAAAAUUUAGUAUAUGGUAUUGCUUUGAGUAGACGGAAUAUUGGGUUUAGUCAACCAAGUCAUUUUGGAGGUCUAUUGGCAAAAACGUUUUGUGGGGUUGAGCAUAAGAGUGGUGAAACAUUAAUACCGAUAUACUUAGAAGAAUAG